AUGGCGAGCGCGACGGGGGAUGGCCACGGCGCGGGUGCGCCGGCGCCGCGCCUCUUUGACGGCCCCACCGGUGACGUCAACAUGGCCUUCCCGCACAAAGUGCGGCAGCUGCUCUCGGCGCGGGAUGCCGGGGGCGCGGCGCCCCCUGCGGCGGUGCGGGCCUCGCCGCUCUACGGCGCCGUCGUGCGCUUCGCAGAGGCGGGGCACGAGGGACAUCGCCCGCCGCCGCCGCCGCAGCAGCAGCAGCAGCGGCCCGACGGCGACGCGGCGGCGCGGAAAGCGGGGGCUCCGUCCGUGGGCGCUGCGCCGGUAGUGCCUCCGUCCCUCGCCCGCCGCGGUGUUGGGCCGCGGGAUCCGCUGCUGCAGCGCAAACUGCGACGGCAGCAGCAGCUGCAACCACCGGCCUCCGUCGCCCCCGCAAAUCCGUCGUCGCUGCCGUUGGUCACGGGGGAGGCGGUGGCGGGCGAGCACGAGCCACAGCUGGCACAUCCGCGGCAGGCGUCGCACUGGAGUCAACGUCCGCUGCAGGAAAUGACGCCGGCGGGGUGGGACGUGUUUCGCGCGCAGGUGGGGAUCGCUGUGGAGGUGGUGUCCCGCCGUCCAGCCGGCCAGCAGCAACCCGAGCAGCAGAGGCGACCUCUGCGGUACACCGCCGACGCACUUUCUCCGGUGCGCUGCUGGGAGGAGGCCCGGCUGCCGCUUGCGCUUGGAACGCUUGUCGCUCGCCGCUACGUGCUUCCGACGCCGAUUCAGGCGCAGUGUGUCCCGCUUCUCAUGGCGGCAGCGGCGACCCCAAGCGGAAGGGUUGACGUGCUUGGCGUGGCCGAGACCGGCAGCGGCAAGACUGCGGCCUACCUUGUCCCGCUCUUGGCGGACGUCCUGCGCCGCACCCCACGGCUGCUUGGCAAUGAGAGCCUCAUCUCACACGGCCCGCUGGCGCUCGUGAUGGUGCCCACACGCGAGCUUGCCGAGCAGGUGACGCGGGAGGCGCUGGACCUUGUGCACGGCGUCCCUGCCACAGAGUUGCGGCGACUGCUACAGGAGGAGUACAAGGACGCCGGCGGCGAGAGCGCGGCCGCGGGGCACAACACGCUGGACGAGAUUCGCGUGGUGAAGGUGGUGGGCGGGGAGGCGGUGGAGGCGCAGUACGAUGAGCUGGCGAGGGGCGCCCACGUGGUGGUUGGCACGCUGGGGCAGCUGGAGGCGCUGCUGCAGCAGCGGCUGCUCGCCCUGGGCAACACGCGCCUCGUCGUCAUGGAUGAGGCCGACCGCAUGAUUGAGGAGCACCAGAGGGACACGCUUGUCGCCGUGCUCGAGCGGUGUCCGCUGCCGCGGCAGACGGUGAUGUUCACCGCCACACUGAGCGCAGCCUGCGAGGAGGUGGCGCUGAAGUAUUUUUCGCCGGACGGCUUCGUCGUGGUGCGGGUGCCAAACCGCUGCGCAACCAUCACGCAGGUGUUUGAGAUGCUGCCUAGCGACGCGGGCGGGGCGCCGGCGGAGGCGACGACGAUCCCCGGCGUGGGCGAAGACGGGCACGGGACGUCACGCCAAACUUCCCAUCCACCGCCGCCGCUGGAGCGCCGCCGCCAUCCGCUGCUGCACCCCAUGAAGUUUGCCCGGCUCGUGGCGUACGUGGCGUACGCGGCCCCCCCGGUGGUGGUCUUCGCAAACGAGCGCCGCACCUGCGACGCCCUGUGCGAGGAGCUGCGUGCGGAGGCGGACCACCUCGCCGCGCUGGAGGAGAACUUCUCGCUGGAGGCGCUCGUUGGGGCGGCGCCGCCCGCCCUGCAGGGGACCUCCCACGACGGCGGCCAACCGCCGCGGCGGCGGCCCGCGCCGAACCUCGGCAACCUGCGCUCCACGGCGCUGGUGCACUCGGAGCAGUCGCAGCCGGAGCGGCGCCGCCUCGUCGACCUCUUCCGCCGGGGCGAGCGCCGCGUGCUCGUCACCACCGACCUCCUCGCCCGCGGCCUGGACGUGCCGAACGUGACGCUAGUGAUUAACUACGACAUGCCACGCGUCGAUCCCGCCGCGGCCGCGGCCAGUGCGGGGGAGGAGGCGGUGCAGAAGUACAUCCACCGCAUCGGCAGAACCGGCCGCGCGGGGGCGAGCGGGGUGGCGGUCGCUCUCUUGUGCCUUUCCUCUGCGCUGAUCCAGCGCGCCCAGCAGCACGUGCUGCGCGGCGACGACGCGGCGGCACAGCAGCCGCUUGGCCUGGCAGGCGUCUCCGCAAGGAGCAGGGCGCAGGAACUCGACAGACGCGAGCUGACAGGCACGAAGAAUGGCAACGACGUGGACGCAAACCUGCUCGCCCUGGGCGCCGCGGACGACGCGGACGAUAACGAGGGGGCUGAAGAGAAUGCGGAGGAGCCGCCGCGAACGCGUCGGCGGACGGAGCCGCCGCAGCGGGACGGCGCCGCGGGCGGCGCCCCCCCGCCGUCGUUUCCGCAGGACGAGCCGCUGCUGCAGCCGCUCUGGGCGUUUCUUGUGGGCUGCGCCGAGGCGAACGGCGCCGGCGGUGGGCGUGGCGCGGAGAUGAUUCGCCAGCAGCGGUGCCGCCUUGUGCAGGUGCCGCCCGCCCUCGUGGCGCUCAUGGAGGCCUUCACGCGGGGCUCCCCGUACGGCGCCAUCACGGCGUAG